UACCUGUUUUGGUUCAUCACCACAAAAUAGUUUGUUCCGAGCCGAAAUUCAGAUCAAGACACAUACUGCACUUUGUAGUAUCAGCAACAAGUGCCACUCUUUCCAUUGAUCUCAUAUUUUACAAAACAUAUUGAGAAAAUGAAGUACAUAGUCGUGACAGGAGGUGUUGUGAGUGGACUCGGGAAGGGAGUUACCAUCAGCAGCAUGGGCCGAUUGUUACAGGCCUGUGGGCUUCGCGUGACAGCCAUCAAAAUCGACCCCUACUUGAACGUGGACGCCGGAACAAUGUCUCCCUUUGAGCACGGAGAAGUCUUUGUCCUGAACGACGGAGGAGAAACAGAUUUAGAUCUGGGAAACUACGAGCGAUUUUUGAAUCUCCAAUUGACUCAAGACCACAACAUCACUACGGGAAAAGUCUACCGCCACGUGAUUUUGAAAGAACGGAGGGGAGACUAUCUGGGAAAAACUGUGCAGGUGGUGCCCCACAUAACCAACGAGAUUCAAGAUUGGAUCGAGCGAACCGCCAAGAUUCCCACCGACGACAGUGGAGAAGUAGCCGAUGUUUGUCUUAUCGAAGUCGGUGGAACCGUAGGGGAUAUCGAAUCCAGCGUCUUCUUGGAAGCCUUGCGACAAUUCCAGUUCCGGGUCGGGACGGAAAAUUUCCUCCUGUCGUUCGUCAGCCUCGUUCCGAUCUUGUCGGACGAACAAAAGACAAAACCAACCCAACACGGUGUCAAAGAUUUGAGAUCGCUUGGGUUGUCUCCCUCCGUGAUCUUUUGCCGAUGCAAAGCAGAACUCGAAAUUGCGACCCGACAAAAAAUCAGCAACUUUUGUCACGUCCCCGCCGACCACGUGCUGAGUGUUCACGACGUGAAGAACGUCUACCAAGUGCCGUUGUUGUUGCAGCACCAGAAACUCCACAAAAUGAUUUACCAGCACCUAAACCUCGAAUCCCCCUGCGAACCCGAUCUCGGCGAAUGGGAACGCGUCGCAAACUGCAUGGAAUCGUGGACGGAUACCGUCCAGAUUUGUCUGAUCGGCAAAUACAACGGCCUCCAGGAUUCGUAUCUCUCCAUCAUCAAGGCCUUGAGGCACGCAGCCAUCUCCUGCGAACACAAGCUCGAUUUGCAAUGGGUCGAGGCCACGGACCUGGAGGAAAACCAAGACACCAUGACGGGCGAAGCCUGKGAAAAGGUCAAAAACUGCCAGGGGGUGAUUGUCCCGGGAGGAUUCGGAAAUCGCGGUUUCAACGGGAAGGUAUUGGCCGCCAAGUACUGCCGGGAAAACGGCAAGCCCUACCUGGGCGUCUGCCUCGGCUUUCAGGCCGUUGUGGUCGAAUACGCCCGCAACGUGCUGGGUCUGGAGGGAGCCAACUCGACCGAAUUCGACGAAGAGUCCCCGCACCCGGUGGUCUUUUUCAUGCCGGAAAUCGACAAGGAAACCAUGGGAGGCAACAUGCGACUGGGAUCCAGGGUCACCAAGUUUACCCACCCCGUCCUCGACCCUUCCACCGGUGCCACCAGCAUCCUCCAAAAGCUCUACGGAGGCGCCGACAUGAUCCACGAACGCCACCGCCACCGCUACGAGGUCAAUCCCGAUUACGUGGACAAAAUCCACGACAGCGGAUUGAAGCUGGUCGGCCGUGACGAGACGGGAACCCGCAUGGAGGUUGCCGAAAUCUCUGGGCAUCCCUAUUACGUCGGCGUCCAAUACCAUCCCGAGUUCAAGUCUCGGCCUCUCAUUCCGAGCCCUCCCUUCCGUGGACUGUUACUGGCUGCCUGUGGCCAGCUGGAAUCGCAUCUGGCGAAGCAAUCCUAAGAAAGACCAGAACCACACUGGACGAGAGAAUACCCAGGAAGAAAAAAAAACAGCGGACUGUUGUAGCACGGCUCGUGCUUGCGGCGAAACUACGGUUCGACGCCCGGCAUCGGAGGCCGGCAGUCCAGAUAGGUGGUCGUCUCUGAGGUCAAACGAUCACGAUUGUGCGUGCCUUUCGUUGGGCCUCGUUUAGCUAACAUAACAAGGGGGAAUGAAACGAACGCGAUUCAUAUCAUUACAAUCCGAGUGCCAGAGGCAUACACACAC